AUGCCGUUACUGGAGCUCAUCGUCGAUGUUUUGAACUGGUGGAAUGGCGUCAACAAAAUAAAAGCGAAUCUCAAGAAAAAUCCAGAUGCAAUCAAGCUUGGCGUCUUGUCGGCCGCUGGAAUCAACUUCCCUGCACUUUUUGACCCGGUUCAGACUCAUCCCGGCGUCAUCAUUACCGCCAUUGCUGCGAGAUCGAAAGCGAAAGCAGAGGCGCAAGUCGCCAAAUACAAACUAGGCGCGGUUAAAGUGUACGAUUCCUACGAAGAGGUCCUCCAGGAUCCCGAUAUCGAUGCUGUUUAUGUCCCUCUUCCCAAUGGCCUACAUCACAAGUGGGCAUUGAACGCCUUGAGAGCGGGCAAACAUGUGUUGAUCGAGAAGCCUAUUGCGUCCAAUGCCGCUGAAGCCAAAGAGAUUCGAGAUUGCGCAAACGAAACUGGCAAAAUUGCUCUGGAGGCUUACCAUUGGCGGUUUUACCCUGCCGCUCAUCGGGUGAAGGAGAUUAUCGAAAGCGGGAAAUAUGGCCACCUCACGGCCGUCUUUUCAAAGAUGGUUCUGCCUCCUGGGACUCUAACCGCUAAUGACAUCAGAUUCAACUACGAGCUGGGAGGCGGAGCUUCCAUGGAUCUUUGCUAUGUCCUUUCCUCGUCUUUGUACUGGGCUUCCGCUCCCAACGAUGUAAAAGGCACCAGUUUCGAAGUCCUAUCGACGAAGCCUCAGCUCAGUAAGCGCGACAAGCGAGUUGAUGAAAACAUGGACGCCACCAUCACGAUUACCAACGCCGACAGCGCCAGGCCGCCGGUCAAGUGUACCACUGUUUCUGAACUACUGCCGCCCAAGCUCCUGGGCUUCAUACCACAGAUGUGGGGUGUGACACCGUUGGCGGUUCUGGAGCUAGAACAGGCCAAGAUUGAGUUUACCGCCUUUGUCACGCCGUUUAUCGGACAUAAGAUUAUCAUCACCGAGAAGAGCGGCAAGAAAACAACCGAGUCGUGCUAUACAGGUGGGCCUCUAUGGGGUGAGAGGGGUGAAUCUUGGUGGACAACGUACAGGUAUCAGCUCGAGGGUUUUGUCGAUCGUAUCAGAGCGGCCAAAAACCAAGACAAGUAUGAUGGACCUUGGGUUGAUUUGGAUGAAAGCGUCAAGCUUAUGGAGAUUGUGGAUGCCGUCUAUGACAAGUCCGGGAUGCCAAAACGCGGCGUAGAGUGA